UGGCGGUGUUGAGCCAAAGCUGUACAUGCACAUGGAUUCAGUUGAAUUUUCGAUUAUUUUGGAAACGGAAUUUACGGUGGAAGGCUGAGGAACAAUUUUUAGUUCUCCUGAUCCUUCACGAGCUGUUAUUCGUACUUCAGUCUGUUGCUCAUUUCGACCAAGAAUUAGCAUUCCGCGACUGCUGGCUGUGAGCCGACCAGGAUUGAACGUUAUAUACGUGGCUGCCUAAGAACACCCACUGGUCACAAUGUCGGACAGAAAAGCAGUGAUCAAGAAUGCCGACAUGUCGGAAGACAUGCAGCAGGACGCUGUGGAAGUAGCCACUCAAGCAAUGGAAAAGUUCAACAUUGAGAAGGACAUCGCCGCCUACGUCAAGAAGGAGUUCGACAAGAAGUACAACCCAACGUGGCACGUCAUUGUUGGCAGAAAUUUUGGCUCCUAUGUAACGCACGAAACGAAGCAUUUCAUCUACUUCUACAUGGGCCAAAUUGCCAUUCUCAUUUUCAAAUCCGGAUAAACCUGUUUCAGGUAUGAAUUGUUGUACAGUGACACAUUUUACAUGGAGUUAAAAAAAUUCUCUCUCUACCUGUCUCCCUGUUCCAGCUGACCGAUAGCAGCAACUAACAACACAUGUGUAACAAUUCAAUUAUUACUCCGCAGUCUGCUGCUCCCAGCUCGAAACUGUCCUCUUUUAUCUAUCGAAACGAGGCUGUGAAGGUCAGAACCUUUGCCAAAAUUCACCGCACACCUACCUAACCUCAUGAAACUAUGCAGUGCUUGUUUUUUUUAAUGAUAUACAAAAUAAACUUAAUGAUCCUGAAAGUCUAGAGUUUUAUUGCCCUGGCUUGUGCAUGCUUCACAGAUUUCUUAUUUGGUGACGAACCUAGUAGAAUGCUAUUCUCUGUUACUUGGCUUGUCUCUGUUUUAGUCUACGUUGCUGCUGCUGCUCCAUGUGUCUGCGGGCUGCUAAUGCCCGGACGUACAAUGGAGCUUCUGCUUUCUGCUUUCUUCUCCUCAGUGUGUACAUGCGCCGUGUACUUCCGCAACUUUCUUUUCCCGUGUAUUUGCCGAUAUGUUGUAGUUCUAGUACAUUUUUUGUGUACUCGUGAGUAGUAGUGAGCUUUCAGGCAUGUUGAUUAUUAUUAUUAUUAUAUGAUUGUUAUAGAGAGAGAGAGGGGUGCCUUGUGUUCAAGGCGUCAUUUUGACCCCUGCUAUUUCUCUCCCAACCCUA